AUGAGUUCAGAAACUACACCUGGUACUGACCGUUCGGCACCUUUUAUUGUCGAGCCUACGUCAAACCAUACCCACAGCUUCAUCCUUCUCCAUGGACUUGGGUCAAAUGGACGUAAAUUUGGGGAAGAACUACUUGAGACUGGCGUCACCUCUGGUGGCAAAAAGCUGACAGAAGUAUUCCCUGGUGCACGGUUUAUAUUUCCUACAGCUAAGCGCCGUAGAUCAAGCAUGAUAAGGAACGCAAAGUUGACACAAUGGUUCGACAUCGCUUCUCUGGAUGACCUCUUCUUCCGACCGAAUACCCAAACCAAGGGGCUUGUGGAGUCCCAUGGUGAAAUAUCUCAUCUGGUCAAAGACGAAUGUCAAAAGGUUCCCCACCAAAACGUCAUCUUGGGUGGUCUCAGUCAUGGCUGUGCAAUGGCACUAUUCUGCCUUUUUACAUCUUGGUUUCCUCUCGGGGGGUUCGUGGGGAUGAGCGGAUGGUUACCAUUUCAACCCGACAUCGAUAGCCUCAUAGGAAGCGAAGGCGACACAUUCGUGUUUGACAACGACGCUGACCCUAUCGAUGAAGAUCCAUUUUCCUCGGACGAGGUGUAUACCCAAGCAGAAGAGAAUCCAAUUGUCCCAGUGAUCGAGUUUUACGAUGAUGUACUGGAUUCCAGUGGCAUUCCCGAUAUUAACAGCAGAGGGACGUCACUUUCUACGCCAGUAUUUCUCGGACAUGGUGCGGAAGAUGAAAAGAUCAAGUUGUCUAAUGGGGAGGCGGCCCAAAGAAUCCUCAAAUCGGUAGGCUUUGACGUUUCAUGGAAAGUUUACCAGGGGCAAGGGCAUUGGUAUAAAAUUCCAGAUGAGAUAGAUGACAUAGUCAAUUUUCUCCAGGGAAAAUGCGGCAUGUGA